AGUGACGCGCCGGCCAGGCCGGCGGCUGUUGUCUGGCCUCAGGCGGGCGGGGCCGUUGGCGGAGCAGAGCGGAGGCGCAGCCGCGCGGAGGGCCCACGAGGGCUCAGCCUUCCCGGUCAACGGUGGUGACGGUAUCCCAGAGUGCCAGAGAGCCGUUGCUUUUCCGAGUUGCUCUCUUCCAGGCUCCGUUGGUGGUCGGCAUGGCCCGUGGAAAUCAACGAGAACUUGCCCGCCAGAAAAACAUGAAGAAAACCCAGGAAAUUAGCAAGGGAAAGAGGAAAGAGGAUAGCUUGACUGCCUCUCAGAGAAAGCAGAGUUCUGGAGGCCAGAAAUCUGAGAGCAAGGUGUCAGCUGGGCCACACCUCCCUCUGAAGGCUCCAAGGGAGAAUCCUUGCUUUCCUCUUCCAGCUGCUGGUGGCUCCAGGUAUUACUUGGCUUAUGGCAGCAUAACUCCUAUCUCUGCCUUUGUCUUUGUGGUCUUCUUUUCUGUCUUCUUCCCUUCUUUUUAUGAGGACUUUUGCUGUUGGAUUUAGGUUCCAUUCUAACCUAGGAUGAUCUCAUUUGGAAAUCCUUAAUUUCAUCUACAAAAACUGUUUUCCCAAAUAGGUCACAUUCACGCAUAUCAGAUGGACAGAUGUAUCAUUUUGGGGUCCACC